AAGAAGAAGAAGAAGAAGAAGAAGGAGAAGUAUCACGUUGUUGCUGUUGCUGCUGGUGUUGUUGUUGGUGGAGAGUAAACAUGGCUUACUCCGCUAAAAUCGGGCCCUCGAUCCUCAGCAGUGAUCUGUCUCAGCUCGGGGCGGAGUGCAGGAGGAUGAUGGAGUGUGGAGCUGAUUACCUGCACCUGGAUGUGAUGGACGGACAUUUUGUUCCAAACCUCACAUUUGGUCAUCCCAUGGUGGAAUGUUUACGUAGUGCUGUGGGUCCAGAUCCUUUCUUUGACAUGCACAUGAUGGUUUCCAGACCGGAGCAGUGGGUAAAACCCAUGGCGGCAGCAGGAGCCAAUCAGUACACAUUCCAUUUAGAAGCCACAACCAAUCCUGGAAACCUAAUCAAGGAAAUCCGGGAGAGCGGGAUGAAGGUUGGUCUGGCUAUUAAGCCGAACACCACAGUAGAGGAGUUGGCGCCGUGGGCCGGACAGAUAGAUAUGGCUCUGGUUAUGACGGUGGAGCCGGGGUUUGGGGGUCAGAAGUUUAUGGCGGACAUGAUGCCAAAGGUCAGCUGGUUAAGGAGUCAGUUCCCUUCGUUAGACAUUGAAGUAGAUGGAGGAGUUGGACCGGACACUAUUCACAGAUGUGCCGAGGCAGGGGCUAACAUGAUCGUAUCGGGCAGUGCUGUAGUGAGCAGCGAUGAUCCUCGUGCUGUGAUUGCUCUCCUCAAAGACGUAGUUCUUGAAGCCAUCCAAAAACGAUUUCUGGACCGUUAGCUGCUGUUCCCAUUUUUCCUCUCUCUCUCUUCUUCUUCUUCUCCUCCCUUUUUUAAAUGUACAAGUUACAGAUAAUUGAAGCCUUGAACAGAUGUACUGUAGAUCAUAUCAGUUAUGCCCUGUGGACAGAAGAUUAUGGUGGCCGUCUCCAUUCAUUCUGCUCUUCUGGAGAAAACAGCAUUGUGGGACUUGAUUCUCAUUUUCAGGUGCCUAAAUACACUUUCAGGUAUGUGAUUAAAGAAGACUUUAGUUUAUACGAAUUGAGUCUUGAGCUUAAUCAGCUUAUACGUUUCAUUCCAUUUAAUGUUUAAAACAUUGGCACGUUUAUAAUUUUUUUUGUGUUGCUUUCUAGAGAAUAUGUUUAGGAAAUGGAUUUGGGAAUCAAUCAUUUAUAUCAACACCCAUUACUUUAUUUCAAAAUCACAUAUAUCAUACAUAAACACACAUACACACUGUGUAAAACAUGGUCUGCAGUUGAUUUAAGGUUUUUAAAGGGCACAAAGUGUAAAAUCAUCACUUUUAUGUAAUAAAGGCCGUCAGUCUCUG